AUGUCCGUCGCUGCCACCAGCCUUUCCCAGCCCCGGCGGCUCCCGGGAAACUGCAGCAUGGAGACAGCGCUGAAGACCAUCGUGGACGUCUACCACCGCUACAGCGCGCGGCAGGGCGAGCUCGACCUGCUCAGCUCCCAGGACUUCCAGCAGCUGCUCACGGAGCAGGCGCCCACCUUCCUGGCUGCCUGCGGCAGGAGCCGCCACGGCUACUUGGAGAAGCUCUUCAAGGAGACCGACGUCAACCGGGACCGCGAGCUCUCCUUCGAGGAGUUCUGCAUCGUGCUGGCCAAGCUGGCCGAUGACGCCCAUCGCAUCAGCCACGGCAGCGAGCGCUGCGGGCAGGAGGCCGACUGA